AUGGUGAACAAAUAUUGGAUUAAUGCGGAAUGCGAUGGUCUGGAGAUAGGGGCCAUGGUGUUCUCCUUUGUGCUGGUCUUGCUCUAUCACGUGCUACUCAUUGGUGGCUCCUCCCUUCUACCCAAGCGCUUCGCCCUCGGCAAAAAUCUGUACUACAGAUCGCUGUGGGCCGAGCGGUAUCUGGUGACGGCCGAGCGGCCGCCCAUCGACGCCAUCCAGACGUUCCGUAACAGCCUCAUGACCUCCAGCUUUCUGGCCACCACGGCUAUCACGAUCGGCUUCCAGGGCGUUGGCUUUGCUGUGGGCACCUCCUACGAGCUGUCUGAGUUCUCCCGGAUCAAGCUGCUGGUGGUGGCGAGUGCCUUCUUUCUGGGCUUCUUCUUCCUCACCCUCAACAUCCGCUACGUGUCGCACAUCUCCUACCUCGUCUCGGUCGCCCGGCCUGCCGAGGGCUGGCCCGAGAAGGGCGUCGCGCACAAGCUCCGCUCGCUACGACAGCGCAGGUCACACAGGAAGCCGGCGCAGCACGACGACGAGCACGACCACGAGGACAGCCACGACGAGCACAGCGAAGAGGAAGCCCCCACGCCUGCGGCCCCGCCUGCCGCGCCCACGAAGGAGGAGUUGAGGCAGAGUCAUCUCGUGCGGUCGGUGAAAAAGAUGCUGAAGGGCUCGACCAUCUUCUUCACCCUCGGCCUGCGAUGCUUCUAUUUUGCCGCGCCACUCGCCUUCUGGGUCGCGGGUCCGGUGUGGUUCAUGGCCACGACGGCCAUCAUGGUGGGGGUGAGCUUCCUUCUCGACUUCGUGAUCUGA